AUGAAAAUUUUACAAUCUUUUUUACUUGUGCUACCAAUUUUAUUUUCAAUUUGUUUAUUUGUUGCGUCAUUAAUUACAAAUAUCGAUUUAAAAACCAAAAUUCAAAUUAAAUCAGUAUUUUUUAAAUUUACAAAGAUUAUAAGUAUUGGUUUUUAUAUUUUCCAUAUAAUUUCAUGUUUUUAUUGGGUAUUUAGUAUUGGAGGUGUAAAUAUUGGAAAUAGUUCUAUUAUUAAUUUUAAUAAUAAUAAUAAUAAUAAUAAUAAUAAUAAUAAUAAUAAUAACUAUAAUUAUAAUAAUGAAAUAAUAAAAUAUAAUGAAAUUCAAAAUAAAUUAACAAGCAAUGAAUAUAAUGUUAAUAAUGAAAAUGAUGAAUUUUUAAAAAUGGCAACCACAUCAUCAUCAUCAUCAUCAAAUUUACAAUUAAAAAUGGAUUUAUCAACAUCAACAUCAUCAACAAAAUUAUUAAUUAAUGGUAUUAAUGAUAAUGCAAGUUAUAGAUACUAUUUUAAAUUAUUAAUUCAAUCUGUUAAAUUUUAUCAAUUCAAUGAUACAAUUAUAAUUUUAAUACCAUUAAUAUUUGCAGCGAUUUCAAUAAUAUUUGUAUAUUUAAAAAAUUCAUUGGUUAAUAGAAUUUUAUUUAUUAAAAUCCAAGGAUUUAGAAAUGAAACACCUGCAGGUUAUGAUGUUUUAAUUAGAGUUUUAUAUAUUUUCAUGUUUGUUUUCAUUUUAAUAAUUGGUCAUUUUGGUAAUUUGGUUUGUUUAAAAGUUAAUGCUUUUGAAAAAAUUGGAAUUUGUAGUUAUCAUCAUAAUAAUAAUAAUAGUUUUUGGUAUUAUCAAGGUUUUAUAAAUACACUUUAUUUAGUAUAUGGUUAUCCUUUAUAUGAAUUGGUUAAUUUAAUUUAA